UGCUUCUCCAACGACGAUGGUACUGAACCUGCGUAGCCCUUCAAAGCAUAAUUCAAUGAUCACGCGGUUCAUCAAACACCCAACGUCCACAAAUUUCCACGGCGAAAACGAUCGGUCCCCCAAGAGACGGCGAAUCGAUGACGUAACCAAGCCGCCGACGACACCGCGCAAGAAACGCAACUUCGAAGAUGAAAUCGCCAACUCGGACGGCGAAGAUGAAGGCGCGGUGAUAAAUCAGGAGCCCUCGGACACAAAGACAGAUCUAGAGAGCGCCCUGCCGCCCAUUGAGACCGGUCAAGAAGCAAUCGAGACAUAUGAGGCGUUCAAAGCGUCCCAAGAAGAGAAGCCAGAGGGGGCUGAAGAGCGAUUGAAAGAUCGGGCAUGGAUCCGAGGGAAGAGUUCUCUUUACGUCGAUGCGUUCAACUUGGCGCUCGACACAGUGUUGGAAGAAGAAAGCCACCUCUUUGACGAGGCAGAGACGGAAGUGUUCAGGGUAUGGAGGAACCUGAAUUACGAAGCACAGUACCUUUACGUGCGACUCUUCCUGCGCAAGACAUCUGCGUGGCAUCGAAUAAGAAAUCUCGGCUACCACAGCGACCUCUCAGAUAUGGACACAGCGGUCGAGGCUCUACAGCGCACGUUCGAUCUACCAACAUCGUCUGCGGAGGUCGAGAUAUACCCUGGCGAGCAGGAAGCACCUGUUGACGCCGCACUUGCAAAAACCUUUGCAUUCGCCGAUCGAUCAGAGGACGAGAUCACAACACUGGACGAAGCAUCCUCUCUGCUGCGCUUGGACGAGCUGAAGGCUCUUGCGAAAGAUGCAAAAGUCCACGGCAAGAACAAAAGAGAGCUAUUGACAGCACUGCAAAGGACAAGCAAAAAACAAGCUGGUCUCGGACAUGUCGGACUGAGGCGAUCGGACACAGACAGUUCAAGGCAAUCUAGAACAUCGAUACAGUCAUCUGUUUCAGGUACAGCAACUCCAGCGCCCCAGGAACCUGAAGAAGGCAACUGGUCUGACCUAUCAGACAGUGCCAAUCGAGAUGCGCACUUCACUCGAAAGAUCAUGAGCGAGACAGGUUCGUGUAUACGACUAUCAGCGCCAACAAGGAAGCUGUUUGAGCGUGUUCAUCUUGUCUUCUAUCGAUCGACAGAAUGGACCGAGAAAUCGUUGAUUACGAUCAUACUUGCGAAGAUAGCGCGUCGCAACUUUCCAGAGUAUAUUGUUUCCCGGUCCGCAAACAUCUUCGCUUCCCGAUCCCUGCUUCUGGAGUACGAAGCAUCGAUACGAACACAGUUUCGAAUAGACAACAUCCUGGAGUUCAAUGGAAGACCAACUAAAAGAGACUACCAGGAGAUCGUGGAUGUGUUUGAAGAGGUUUACUCUCGAUGGCAAAUUCUUGUAGAAGAAGAGCAGCGCAAGGAGGAUAGUGUCUACCACAGCGGCGAGGGGUCCUACCUUCGUCGUCUAUCUCCAGCCUGGGUCUAUACCCGCAUCAUACACAAGGCAAUGUAUGUUCUCGCCCGUCGCAAAGAAUAUCAACUCGAGUACGAUGUUACCUCUGCGCUACUUGGGCAGCGCCUCUUCCAUCACUCUCGCCGAGGAGCUUGGUACCAACGCAAAGCACUUAUCGAAGAACAUUACAUGGCCACCCUCUCAGCCACCCAAAAUUGGAGCGAAGAACAGCAGAAGAAGCACUGGAAACGCAUCGCCCUACGAACCUGCGAAGUCGGUCUACAAGACAAUCUCGUCCACAUCAUCCACCACUACGACCUCCAAAAGCGCGUCACCAAACUCGAGAAAUUCCUCAAUAUCGCCAAGCGCCUCCAGCAUGAUUUCACGCACGUACGUCUCACUAAGCCGAUCGAAGUCACCGUCAACGGAACCCAAAUCCUACGCCCACUGCCCCUAAAUCGUCGCAACAGCUCCCCCGGCCCGCACCGUCGUAGCGGUAAAACGAUCUGGCUCGACUCCCGCGAAGGCGGCGAAUGUAGCGUUGAAGCCAUGUGUCUAUCGCACUACCGCAACCAGGAAUGGAAAGGUUUUCAUAGCGAAGGUGGCAUCCUACGCACGCUGUUCGCGUAUCUCUUCUACGAUGUACUGUUUACGUAUGUCCCGAAUGUGUUUCAGACGCAGUAUCAGACGUGCCCGCUGGAUCUACAUACUGACGCGUUCUACCCGAGUCGUAUCUCGGAGAUCAAUGCCAGGCUGAACGCGAUCUCGAAUGGCGGCGCGGAAAGCAUUAUCAGAAGAGUAUACGCUGAGCACCACGAGAAGAGGACGUGUGUCGUGGGUCUGGACUGGAGGUAUGACGUCAAUGACUUGUAUGAGAUAGUGCGAUGUUUCGAUGGCGAGGCGUUGGCGACGGUUUGCAAGGUCAUGGCGCAGGAGUAUGGACAGCGCGGUGGUGGCGUACCAGAUUUGUUUCUUUGGAAGCUUGCGAGUGGGGAGGGAGAGAAGGGCAAGGUCAAGUUUGUUGAGGUCAAGAGCGAGAACGAUCGCUUGAGUGAUACGCAGAGGCUGUGGUUACACGUGCUCAGUGGUGCGGGAGUGAAGGUUGAGCUUUGUGCUGCCGUGGCUGAAGAGGUUAUACAAAAGUGAGAAAAAGAACAGUAGGACCUGCGCAGUUUGUUGGGCUAUUACAACAGCAUCUCAGAGCACUGUGUGUUGGCAUGCUAAGAUCCAACGUAGUUCUGAACAGCAAGCUGGAAUAUGGACAGUACCGUUCAUUCAACCACUACUUGGUUUUAGCGAUAACAAGAUAAUAGAAUAGCAAGACCUCAAUCAGUGUACAUAUUUCAUAUCGCGUGUCCCGGGCGGGUCCCACGACCAGGGCCAUUCCUUCCUGACAAGUCCGUACUCACCCAAGCUCUCGUGCUCUCUCCGUGCUGACGGCCGUCAUAGAUCACAGCGCCGGUCUUAUGAUCAUCACACCAGCUUGUUAGAC